UGUAGUCAGAUGUACACACAGCGACAAAUCGAAACAAGGGUCUGUAUAACAGACUACGGAACGACACGAGGAGUCACGAAUGUACAGAUUAUGGAAGCCAAUAUGGAAUUGGGAACAAAGGGCAAAAGUGAUAUUGCAGGGGUUAGUGAAGAAAGCACUUGGCGACUCCAACCCAGAUGUCGUGGAUCGGAACUGUACUUCAUGACGCACGAACUCGCCCUUCCUAUACCGCCCCGACCUACAGCUACAAAUUCAGGCAAUCACAAUUUACUCGAACUGGAACAAAUUACCUCAAAGCAUCCAGACGGCGACUUCGAGGACACAAGCCCCAUGAAACAGACAUUAUCGUGGUGGCAGAUCCCCUCUAAUGGCGGAUGUCGCCAAAGGUCAUCUGAUAUGACCUCGGAAAAUGAGGAUGCGUUUACUCAAUUCAAUUUGACCACCUGUUGAUAAAUGUCAGAUAACAAC